CUGGGCAACAGAGCAAGACUCUGUCUCAAAAAUAAAUAAAAUAAAAUAAAAUAAAGAAACUCCCACUUUCUCAGACUGCCUGGAACAGCUGAACACUUCUUUCCUGCCAAUCAACCUCCACAGGUAAGCCAAUCCCUCAGGCCUGACGGGUCCUGAGGCUCCGCUGAACACCUUCCACGAGUCUUCCUAUGCCUGCAGCAAAGGGCUCCCUGGGGACUUCUGACAAAAGGAUGGGCCAGAGGCACAUGCUGUCUGGCAGAUGAGGCUGUCUGGGUUCCUCUAGGAUAAAUAGAAAUCUUGAGUGCGUCUAUGCACUGAGCCAGGCACUGGCUAAGACUUCUCGUACACUAUCAUGUUUAAUCCUCUCAGCAAACUGCAGGCUACUAAUUCUUGCUCCAAUUUCGCAAUCCAGGAACCUGGCCUCAGAGUUACAGAGUUGGGUUACUUUCCCGGGCUACCACAGCCAGGCAGGGGUGGAGCCAGGAUUCAGACCUUAGUCUGCCAGAAAGAGCCCAGGAUCCUCACUGGGAGAGCAGGAAUGCGCCAUGUUCCCCUGCUGUCCCCAUGCCUGGCACAGGCUCUGCACAGAGAAGGAGCUUAGAAAUGCAUGUUGGGCUGAACUGAACCAAAUCAAAAGACUCUAGAUGAGAAGAAAGAGCCCGCUUCCUGUUGGACACAAAGUCCCCGGGGCAUUUCUGCAGCGCCAGCUCCUUGUGCGGGGCCUGGUAAAUAACGAUGUUCAAGCAAGGCUUGGGAUCAAUAAAGGAGCGAGCAUUUCAUAUUCUCGGCCAGAAGUUACACUGGGUCCCAGACCUAUUAUUGCAUUAAGAGUUGCACAAUACGAUUUUCCAAUUCUGUUAUUCCUGCUGCAUUCUUGCGUGAAAAAGACUUUUCCCUCUUCAACUGUCCACAGCAACCUCCUUCCCUCCUCUGAGCUAAAUCCGCAUGUCUGAAGGAAGUUGUCCUGCGUGUCCCACUAAAUACAGGCUCCUUUCGGCUCCCUCGGGGUGGGGAUGGGAAGAACCUGUAGCGAGCACCUACUCUGUGCUUUAGCAAGUGCGAUCUCCUUUCAUUUUCACAACAGCCCCUGGGUCGGAGCUGAACAGCCCCACUGGAUGGAUGGGAAGAACCUUUAGCGAGCACCUACUCUGUGCUUUAGCAAGUGCGAUCUCCUUUCAUUUUCACAACAGCCCCUGGGUCGGAGCUGAACAGCCCCACUGGAUGGAUGAGAAGACCCAGACCAGGGGAGUUAAAUGACUUGUCCAAGGUGACCUGGCAAGUUACAGGCUGAACUGGGAUUGAUCCCAGAUCUACCCGGCCCCAAAAGUUAUGCCCUUUCUCCACCACUCACUUUCCUUCCAGGCCUGAGUUGCUUCCCUUCCUGAUAGUGUGGUCGGUGCAGAUCUCAGAACGUGUAAACCUGGUGACACCAGAUCUGUCACUUUACAGUGAGUGAAGGAAGUACCCGGGGAUCGGCUUACUAAUUCUAGGGGCCAGUGAAUUAUUCAUGCCACCAUUAACUUGGAGGCCCUUUCAGCCUCACCUCUCUUUCCCUUGCUCCGGACCCUCAGAUCCUGGCCUACCUGAGCUCGGCAGACCUGUGGGGGCCCCUGGUGAGGAGAUGCUGGCAGAGUGGGGGGCUUGCCUGCUGCUGGCAGUGGCACUGCUGGGCCCAGGGCUCCAGGCCCAAGCCAUGGAAGGUGUCAAAUGUGGGGGUGUGCUCUCAGCACCUUCUGGAAACUUCUCCAGCCCCAACUUCCCUAGACUGUACCCCUACAACACAGAGUGCAGCUGGCUGAUCGUGGUGGCCGAGGGAUCCUCGGUGCUGCUCACCUUCCAUGCCUUUGACCUAGAGUACCACGACACCUGCAGCUUCGACUUUCUGGAGAUCUACAAUGGGGCCUCACCAGACAAGGGCAACCUGCUGGGGAGGUUCUGCGGCAAGGUGCCCCCGCCGCCCUUCACCUCCUCCUGGCAUGUCAUGUCUGUCAUCUUCCACUCGGACAAGCAUGUGGCCAGCCAUGGCUUUUCUGCGGGCUACCAGAAAGAUGUGUGUGGCGGCGUCCUGACUGGCCUGUCGGGGGUCCUCACCAGUCCUGAGUACCCCAACAACUACCCGAACAGCAUGGAGUGCCACUGGGUGAUCCGGGCCGCCGGCCCUGCCCACGUCAAGCUGGUGUUCGUGGACUUCCAGGUGGAGGGCAAUGAAGAGUGCACCUAUGACUACGUGGCUGUGCUUGGGGGGCCUGGCCCCACCCGUGGGCACCACUACUGUGGCAGCACCAGGCCCCCCACCCUCGUGUCUCUGGGCCACGAACUGCAGGUGGUCUUCAAGUCCGACUUCAACAUCGGAGGCCGUGGCUUCAAGGCCUACUACUUCUCAGGAGAAUGCCAGGAGGUAUACAUGGCCUUGCGGGGCAACUUCUCCAGCCCACAGUACCCCAGCUCCUACCCCAACAACAUCCGCUGCCACUGGACCAUCCGCCUGCCCCCAGGCUACCAGGUCAAGGUGUUCUUCCUGGACCUGGACCUGGAGGAGCCCAACAGCCUGACCAAGACCUGUGACUUUGACCAUCUGGCGGCCUUCGAUGGGGCCAGCGAGGAGGCACCCCUGCUGGGGAAUUGGUGUGGACACCACCUGCCACCACCCAUCACCUCAAGCCACAACCAGCUUCUGCUUCUGCUGCACACAGACCGCAGCACCACCCGCAGGGGCUUCUCCGUGGCCUACAUCGGAGUGGUGCCCAUGAACGUGAGCUGCUCCCGCACGGACUUCCAGAUCCUGAUCUCCACGCAGGCGCUGGCCCCGCUGGAGCGGACCAAGGUCUACCUGGGCAGCCGGAGCUGUGCCGCCCAGGAGGUCGGCGGCAACUUCAGGAUCCAGGCCCGCUUUGAUACCUGCGGCACUGAGUCUCAGAGAAGAAACAACACUUCAGUGAUUGUCAGCGUGCUGUACAUCGACUUCUCGGCCGCGGGGCGGGAGGACAUCCAUGAGUACGAGGUCCGCUGUGAGCCACGGCGCAAGGAGGCUUCUGUCCACCUGCUGUCUGGCUCUCACUGGCUGGGGCCCUAUGCUGCCACUGCGGAGCACCUUCAGGAAGCACCACCCAUGGAUGAGGCGGAGGCACUGGAGGGCCCAGUGAGCAUGGUAGCCCAGGAUACCAGUGACAUCGUCUUCCUGGGCCUUUGCAUCCUGGCUGGAAUCCUCAUGGUUAUUGCCAUCGUGGUCUUGAUGCUGCUUUGAAUAGACAGCAUAGGGACCUGGCAUCUGACAUGCCUGGGAGGCAGCUUAGGGACCCAUAACAGGGGUGGGACAGGGACUUGCUGACUUGGUGACCAUUGGCAGGUCAUAUCCCUCUCUGAGCCUCCAUUUCCUAGGGACAGUCAUUCUGCCCUGCUAUCUCACAGGGCUGGCAUGAGGCUCAGAGGCGGGCAGAGAUGGAUAAGAGCUUUGUAAUCUGUAGCAUGCUGUGUAUGUAUAUGCAAUUGCUGUUAUUAAUUUUAAAGAUAUUCUGCUGUAGAAAAGAACUCUCCCACGUGUGUUACUUGUCAGUUUGGAUAGUUGUGGUCACUGGUGGCAGAGUGUAGAUAAAACUGACUCAUUCUAUAACUUAUAUGGGUGCUUUACCAACUCAGGGUACAAACAAAGGCACCACUAAUU